GAGAAAGAGAGAGAGAGCGGGAGAGAGGGAGGUAGAGAGAGAGAGAUAGAGAUAGAGAGAGGGAGAGCUAGCACUUCGAUUAUAUUGAAGCCGCUAAUACUACUUCCUUUACCGUUGCUACCAUAGUGAUAGUUGAAUGGAAAUCUUGAGUUGCUUGUAAUUCACAACGUGACGUUACUUCCUCACAAGACAGCAGUGACAACCUUUGAUCAUGAAAUUAUAAUGAUGGAACAUCAGCAAUUUCGUAGGAUCAACACACACCUAUAUAAUAACCUGAUCAACUGUACACUCAUUAUCGAAUAUCGCCAAUAAUAACUCAACUAUAUUGUUAAUAUGCUAUCAACUUCACAACUAUAUUAAACAGUAGUUUAAAAAUAAAUGAUGUUUUGCUACAGAAAGAGACAGGAAUGGUUUGAAGAUCAUAUGGAAUCAUUAAUCAUAAUUUCUUCUAAUAUGAUUUUCAAUGCCCAAUACAUGCUAGAAUUCAAAAUCUAUACUUAAUAUCGACGUACAAAAAGUGUGCAAUCUUACUGGAAAUAUAAACGUAUUACAAGGCAGCGGGAAGUUUGAAAUGAAAUAACAGUAUUAAAUACCUUAAUGAAUAAUAAUUAUAUUUCAUAUAUAUUACAAUGGAAAACCAGCUUAAUUCAACAGUGGCUAUUGACGAAUUGAAUAAUACUCUUAAUGGUACAGUUGGUUACAGUUUGGGCACGUUUAUAAACCCGUUCAACAAAAUACACAUCAAAGUAACAUUUUGCUUUUUGUACUCUGUGAUAUUCAUGUGUUGUGUAUUUGGUAAUUCUUUAGUCCUCUACAUCAUUGUGAAAAAUGCACGAAUGAGAACACGUACCAAUUUCUUCCUGGCAAAUCUUGCAGUGGCAGAUUUUUGCGUUGGAGUAUUUUGCAUCUUCCCAAACUUGUCGACAUAUUUCUCACCUGUUUGGCAUCUUGGAAAAGUGAUGUGUAAAUUGUACUACUUUGUUCAUUACAUGAGUUUGACCGUGCCUGUACUGCUUCUUACGGUAAUUUCAGUGGAACGAUACAUAGCUGUACUGUAUCCUUUGAAGGCCAAGCAGAUGUUCACAUUUAGACGGCUGAAGAUCUUACAAGGAUUUAUCUGGUUAUUCUUGAUUAUCUACAACUCUCCUCAACUUGUAGACUAUGAUACGUUUGUUAUUGGCAACAACACUUAUUGCUACAUACGUUCUGAUAGUAUAAAUACCAAUGCGUAUGUCCUAGCUAACCUUGUCAUUUGGUACACUAUUCCAUUAUCAGUGCUUACAUUCAUGUACGUCAAAAUUGCAGCUGUGCUUUGGCAAAGCAGUAGUUCUAAAAACUUUGUUUUGAAUACUAGUUCUCAGACUUACAGAAAAUGUGUUAGCGGAAAAAGUGUUUCUUCAAACCAAAAAGAGAAUCAAAACUAUUAUUCUCAUUCCUGCAGAGAAAUGAACGACAGAAAGUAUGAAGAUCAAAAUAAAGAAUUUGUGUGUUCUGGUUAUAAAGAUAUUUCUCUGGAUAGAGAUAAAUGCAAAGUAACUUUAUCAAACAGAGAACCCUAUAUAGAAAGUGAAUGCAUGUCGGAAUGCGAAGGUGAAACUGAUUGUGGGAGUAACACAGAGAUUUACUCAAUAGACAGUCUAAAUAGCGCUGGUUCAUCGAUGAAAGGACACUCAAGUAACAGAAAUAGCCUUCAAAGAGUAACUCUUGUUAAAGAAACUUUAAGGCACAACAAUAUUUCAAGUCAGAUAUGCCCUGAACAGCAUCAUCAAAAAAAUUAUCCACGAGUUACUACACAGAAAGCGAUCCAAGCCCGAAGAAAAGUCAUUAUUCUUCUUGUAAUGAUAAUUGGUUCAUUCGCUGUAUUAGCUCUUCCUUACCAUAUCAGAUCUUGUUUAUACAUGUGGGCAGACACGCGAUCUCUUGGAAGUUUAUUUUCUCCAAUAUGUUAUUUACUUUAUUAUGCAAACAGCGGUUUAAAUCCUCUCCUCUAUGCGCUGGUCUCUGAUAAUUUCAGAAAGAGUUUUAAAGACACUUUUAUUUGUCGUAGUAAUCGUCGUAGAAAAAAAUAAUCUGAAAACGUACAUAUAAUGUUGUCAUCGUCGUUGGUUUUGUUGUUUCGUUCUCGAUUAACUUUUAUUGACCCGACUUAUGAUCAGAUACUUUUCAUUGAUAAAAAUGGCUGGAAUACAUUUGUGAGCAGCAAUAUGUCACUGAAUUUGUCUCCUGUUCUCAUUAAAUUAUUAAACGUGUACCUCUACAGAUACUUUGAAAUAUAGAAAAAAAAAAUUGAUCGUGUAUCCCAUCCAUAAGAAGAAAUAAUCCUUCUUAUUCUACCAACAACCAGCCUGUUGCUCUUUUAUAUCCAGCAUUUCUCAAGUAUUGAAAGUGAUUCCAAAAGAUUACUCAAUACACCAUUUUGAACUUUUCCCUGGAUUCUGAAAUGAUAGAAACAAAUGGAAAAUUAUUGUUAAACAUCUACACAUCAGUAAUAAAGUUUGUGAAAUUUACAAUUGUGUUUGGCUAAGUGAUCACUGAUUACGGUCGAAUAUCUUCAGGCACUAAAUGUUUACCUUAAAAAUUUGUAUUCAGGCUUUUUUACCAGAACAAACGUUUACAGUGUAUACUUUGAUAUGACUUUUUUAACUGAUAUUCCUUUGGCU